GGUGAACCAGGAUAACCGGUGAACGGGUGACCCAGGAUAACCGGUGAACAGGUGACCCCCGCCCCGGCUCCAUCAUGGACUCCAAGCACCAGAAGAAGCAGAAGCAGCACCAGCAGAAACACAGCGGGCCCAAGGCCGAGAAGAAGAAGAAGAAGUUGGGCAUCGCGGCGGAGGACGAUGAACGACGACGGAACCCCAAGGCCUUCGCCGUCCAGUCGGCCGUCAAGAUGGCCAAGACCUUCCACAGGGCCCAGGACCUGAAGACCAAGAAGCACCACGUCCCCCUGGUGGACCGGACCCCCCUGGAACCCCCCCCGGUGGUGGUGGUCGUGGUCGGACCCCCCAAGGUCGGCAAGACCACCCUGAUCCGGGCCCUCAUCAAGAACUUCACCCGCCAGAAGCUCGGGGACAUCUGUGGACCCGUCACCAUCGUCUCAGGUAAGAAGAGGCGUCUGACCUUCAUGGAAUGUAACAACGACAUCAACACCAUGAUCGACCUGGCCAAGGUGGCCGACCUGGUGCUGAUGCUGAUUGACGCCAGCUUCGGCUUCGAGAUGGAGACGUUUGAGUUCCUGAACAUCUGCCAGGUCCACGGGUUCCCCCGGAUCAUGGGGGUUCUGACCCACCUGGACUCUUUCAGGAACAACAAGACCCUGAGGAAGACCAAGAAGAACCUGAAGCACCGGUUCUGGACCGAGGUGUACCAGGGGGCUAAGCUCUUCUACCUGUCGGGGAUGGUCUACGGCGAGUACCAGACGCAGGAGGUGAAAAACCUCGGCCGCUUCAUCUCCGUCAUGAAGUUCCGUCCUCUGGUGUGGCAGGGCUCGCACCCUUAUGUGCUGGUGGACCGGAUGGAGGACCUGACGGACCCAGAGAAGCUCCGGACGGAACCAAAGUGUGACCGGACGGUUUCCCUGUACGGCUACCUGAGAGGGACAAACCUGAAGAACAAGGGCCAGGUUCAUAUCCCAGGCGUCGGGGACUUCCAGGUGGCCGACGUGAACUUCCUGCCGGACCCGUGCUCCCUGCCGGACGCUCAGAAGAAGAGAGCUCUGAACGAGAAGGAGCGUCUGCUGUACGCGCCGAUGGCCGGCGUGGGCGGGGUCGUGUACGACAAAGACGCCGUUUACAUCGACGUCCCGGCCAGCCACGUCCACCAGCAGCAGGAGGAGGUCCGACCCUCCACCGAGCUCGUCCAGUCUCUCAUCGACACUCACGCCACUCUGGACGCCAAGAUGGCCGCCAGCAAGGUGUCUCUGUUCAGCGGCUCGGCCUCGCUGGACCCGGCGGACGUCGACCAGCAGACCGGAGAACUGGACGGACGUCGGGAGGAACUGGUUUUUGAUCCCAACACCAACCGAGAGAGAAGGAAGGUGGUGUUCGCCGAGGAAGAGGAGGAUGAAGGCAGUGAUGAAGAUGACGAAGGCAGUGAGGAAGAGGAAGACGACGGAGAGGAAGAGGAGGACGACAGGGAGGAUCACGACAGUGACGCGGCUGACGAGGAAGAGGACGAGGACUUGUCAGCGUUUCUCUCAAAGACGAGAGCUGAGUGUGAAAAGACGACACCAGCGAAGAAGAAACAGAAGCUGCAGCAGAACGACGCCGUCGCUGAGAUUCCAGCCUUCGCCGACAGCGAGGACGAUCUGGAAAAGAGUGAAGAGGAAGAGGAGGAGGAGGAGGCGGAGGAAGGAGACUCUGGAAACAGUUCUGAAGACGAGGAAGAGAGUGGAGAAGAAGAAGAAGAAGAAGAAGAGAUGGAGGAACCACAACAAAAGGAGAGUGAAGAAGAAGAAGAGCAGGGACUUCUCCGGUGGAAGGACGGGCUCCAACAAAAGGCCCAGGACGUGUUUCUACGGCAACAGGAGGCCACGCCCAACCUGAAGAAACUGGUCUACGGUUCCGUUUCCAGCACCCAGCAGGAGGAAGAGGAGGAUGAGGAAGAGCUGGGCGGGCUGUUCCGGGUCAGCCGGCCCCAGAAGACCCGGAUCCUCCAGACCAACGGACUGGACUGUUCCAGGUUCCUCAACGAGGGGGGACGGGACUGGGACCUGGAGGAGACUCUGUCCUCCAUCAGGGACUGCUUUGUGACGGGGAAGUGGGAGGAAGAUCGAGACGCCGCUACGCUGCUGCAGGAGGACGACGAGAUGUUCGGGGACUUUGAAGACCUGGAGACUGGAGAAGUUCACAAAAACAAGAACCAGGGGGGGCCGAAGGACCGGGAGGAGGAGGAUGAUGAUGAUGAAGAUGAGGAGUCCCCCCCGGUGAGGCUGGACGACGACGAGCUCCUGAAGAACAAGCGUCUGGAGAAGAAGCGGCGGCUGAAGCAGCGCUUCGACUCCGAGUACGACGACGACGACAAGGACGCCACGUACUUUGAUGACCUGAAGGAGGAGCUGCAGAAGCAGGCCCAGAUCAACCGGGUGGAGUUCCAGGGCCUGGACGACGAGAUCCGGGUCCAGUACGAGGGUUUCAGAGCCGGCAUGUACGUCCGGGUGGAGAUUCCCGCGCUGCCCUGCGAGUUCGUCAGCCGCUUCGACCCGCGCUAUCCCAUAAUCCUCGGGGGCCUGGGCUGCAGCGAGGGCAACGUGGGCUACCUGCAGAUGCGUCUGAAGAAGCACCGCUGGUACCCGCGGACCCUGAAGACCCGGGACCCCCUGAUUCUGUCUCUGGGCUGGAGACGGUUCCAGACGGUCCCGCUGUUCCACAUCCAGGACCACAACGGCCGGAACCGGCUGCUCAAGUACUCGCCCCUGCACAUGCACUGUGGGGCCUCCAUCUGGGGUCCCAUCACCCCCCAGGGAACCGGGUUCCUGGCUCUGCAGACCGUCCACGGAGUCAAGUCCAACUUCCGGAUCGCGGCCACCGGCGUGGUCCUGGACCUGGACAAGUCCGUCACCAUCGUGAAGAAGCUGAAGCUGGUCGGGUAUCCGGACAAGAUCUUCAAGAACACCUGCUUUGUUAAGGGAAUGUUCCACUCUGAGCUGGAAGUAGCUAAGUUUGAAGGAGCGUCGGUGAGGACGGUGUCGGGGGUCAGAGGUCAGAUCAAGAAGGCCCUCCGGACCCCCCCGGGGUCGUACCGGGCCACGUUUGAGGACCGGCUGCUGAUGAGCGAUAUUGUCUUCCUCCGGUCCUGGUUCCCGGUCUCGGUACCGCAGCUCUACAACCCGGUCACGUCUCUGCUGCUGCCGGCGGGUCAGAAGGACGGCUGGUCCGGCAUGAGGACUCUGGGCCAGCUGAAGCAGGACCUGGGGGUCCGGAACCGGCCCAACACGGACUCUCUGUACAAGCCGAUCGCCCGGGCCCCGCGGACCUUCAACCGGCUCCACAUCCCCAACCACCUGCAGAAGGCCCUGCCCUUCAAGAGCAAACCCAAGCAGCAGCAGAAGAAGGAGGGCCCGACCCGGGACCUGCAGAGACCCCGGGUGAUCCGGGAACCGCACGAGAGGAAGGUGGCGGCGCUGCUGCAGGCUCUCAGCACCGUCCACAACCAGCGGAAGAAGAAGCUGCAGGCGCAGCAUCGGUCGCAGCACAAGCUGUUCCUGCAGCAGAAGCAGCAGCAGGCGGAGGAGCGGAUGAGGAGGGAGAAGGAGAUCCGGAAGAAGCUGUUCCGGGUCAAAGGGCAGGCGGAGCAGAGGAAGCAGAGGUCCAGCCUGAAGGGGGGGCAGGACGAUUAGGGGCCCCCAGUGGGGGGGCCGGAGGACUAGGACCCGGGACCGGGAACCAACCCCACCA